UUCAUUUGUUUUUGCUCAAACUUCAAGAGGCAACAUGCAAGUUUAUGUGAUUGUGAUAUUCGCUUAUGGAGUGUCGGCUCUCAACGUCACAGAGGAGAAGGCGACAUGCCCCCUUGGAUAUUUCCCCUGUGGCAACCUGACCGUUUGCCUCCCUCAGCUCCUGCACUGCAACGGCAUUGACGACUGUGGAAAUCAAGCGGAUGAGGAGAACUGCGGGGAUAAUAACGGAUGGCCACAUCUUUUCGACAAAUACUUUGGAAUGCCAAGUCACAACGCGAGGACCAAGUCCAACGUGUGCUUGCUGGGUGUUUUUCCUGAGCUCUGCCAGUGCCGAGACCUGGAACUGGACUGUGACGGUGCUCAGUUUCAAGAUAUCCCAGCGGUGGCGACGAAUGUCACCAUGAUGUCGCUACAAAAGAACCGACUUCAGAAACUAAGAGCGAGCACGUUCUUUAAGUACCAGAGCCUACAGAAACUAUAUCUCCAGCACAACAAAAUUCGAGAUGUGAGUCCAGAUGCAUUCAGAGGGCUGUACAACCUAACACGACUAUACCUGAGCUACAACAAGAUUUCUGUCCUGAUGCCGGGUGUGUUCAGGGAUCUGCACAAGCUGGAGUGGUUGAUCUUAGAAAACAACAACAUCCAUCAGAUGUCGUCCAUGACGUUUUCAGGACUGAACUCUCUUGUGUUGCUGGUUCUGCUGAACAACACUUUGACAAAGCUGGAUGACAUCUGUCAGGAAAUGCCCAAAUUGAACUGGCUAGAUUUGGAGGGAAAUCUCAUUGAAACAAUUGGAAACGUCUCAUUCUGCUCAUGCAGCAUGCUGACGGUUCUGGUCUUACAGCGAAACAGGAUCAGCCAUAUACAUGAGCAGGCUUUCUCGGUCCUACAGAAGCUUGGAGAACUGGAUCUAUCCAGCAACAGACUGGUCGCAAUCCCUCCCAAUCUCUUUGUUCUAUUGGAGGAUUUGCUUCAACUAAACAUAUCAUACAAUCCCAUCGUAGAGCUCCAAGUUGACCACUUUGACAAGCUGCAUAAAUUGAAAUCAUUGAGCAUAGAGGGAAUAGAAAUUGGAAACAUACAGCGAAGGAUGUUUGAACCUCUCAAAUACUUGACCCACAUCUACUUCAAGAAGUUCCAGUACUGCGGCUAUGCUCCUCAUGUGCGCAGCUGCAAGCCCAACACCGACGGCAUCUCGUCCUUUGAGGACCUGCUGGCCAACAUUGUGCUGAGGGUCUUCGUCUGGGUCGUCUCCGCCACCACCUGCUUCGGCAACAUCUUCGUCAUCUGCAUGCGCUCUUACAUCCACUCCGAGAACAAACUCCACGCCAUGUGCAUCAUCUCCCUCUGCUGCGCAGAUGGGCUGAUGGGUAUCUACCUCUUCAUGAUUGGUGCGUACGACCUGAAGUUUCGAGGCGAGUACAACCGACACGCUCAGGCCUGGAUGGACAGCAGUCAAUGUCAGGUCAUUGGCUCUUUGGCCAUGUUGUCCACUGAAGUAUCCGUCCUGCUCCUGACUUAUCUGACUUUGGAGAAAUACAUCUGCAUCGUCUACCCUUUCCAAUACUUGACUCCUGGCUGGCGACGAACUGUCACCAUCCUUCUUGGGAUAUGGGUCUUCGGCUUUGUUGUAGCUUUCCUGCCGCUGGUCUGCAAGGGGUUAUUUCGAAACUUCUAUGGGACAAAUGGAGUCUGUUUUCCACUGCACUCUGAGCAGCCAGAGACAGUUUGGGCUCAUGUUUACUCCAUUGUCAUUUUUCUGGGUCUUAACCUGGUGGCAUUCCUCAUCAUCGUCCUCUCCUAUGCAAGCAUGUUUUAUAACAUCCAGAGAACAGGCACUCAGACCACUAAAUACAGCAACCACAUCAAAAAAGAGGUGACCAUUGCCAAAAGGUUCUUCUCUAUCGUCAUUACUGACUCCCUCUGCUGGAUCCCCAUUUUCGUCCUCAAGAUCUUGUCACUGCUGCAGGUGGAGAUUCCCGGCACCAUCUGCUCCUGGGUGGUCAUAUUUAUUCUCCCCAUCAACAGCGCCCUUAACCCCAUCCUUUAUACGCUGACCACACGGCCUUUCAAAGAGACCAUUCUGCAGGUGUGGGCUAACUACAGGCAGAGGAGGCCCCUGCUCAGCGGUCACCCGGCUCAGCAUCCGUCGCUCACGUGGCAGGAGAUGUGGCCCCUGCAGGAGAACUGCCACAGUGCCACCCAGGUGCAUCCAUUAGAGACGAAAGACACGCUAGCCAAGCUCACCCCCGUGGAAAAUACUAACGAUGGAUAUAAUGACGUUACCGUGCACGCAACGCAGCAGCCAAAGCAGCACACAGUGCUGUCAGUGUGCUCAACGAAACAAACAGUGCCGCAGACACUGACACAUUCCUACACGUACUCUCAAACAAAUGAACUCCUCUAA